UGUUGUUUUGUUGCAUUGUUUACGCUAUCAUUUUAAAUCAGAGUUUAUCUUGAUUGUAAACAACUUUUCUUUUAUAACAGAUAAGAUGCAAGCUCAAGUCUUAUUUGAAGUUGUGUAUCGUGAAGUGAAACGGAUAAAAAAAAAACCAACACGAUAUUGCGAAAACAGAUACACAUUUGAUCUAGCAUAUACAGGCAACGGAAUCGUGGCUGUAUUUGUUGUACAACGGGAAGGACUAACAGUCGAUCCCUGGGUUAUUGGGAAAGAUAUAAGUUGGUUUUCUACGCGUGGAUCAUAUGUAUCCUUCGCCAAAAACAAGAAUUUGGUUAUAUCCCAUGAAGGAAACCGUUUUUGCUACUUGUAUGCCGAAAAAGAUAACAGGAAAACACAGCCAAAUUACUACCGGAAAGAAGGAUACACUUCAACUGGAACAGCUACGUGCAAAUCCGGCGCCAUUUUAGUUUGUCUGUGGAACGAUGCAAUGGGAGAUAGUUCUCAUGGUUUAGUUGUACAUAUGACGCUAAAGGGAGACUAUGUCUUCGAAAUUGAAUCAGAAAAAAACCGACGCUUAUUUACAUGUCCAAUUUACGUCACAGAAAACGGUAAUGAGGAUGUCUGCGUGUCUGAUGUAGACGCCGUGGUCGUAACGGAUAGAAUAGGAAUGUUUCGGUUCCGGUUUACAAGCCACCUCGGAGACCCUCAGUUCGAUCCAUACGGGAUCUGCUGUGAUUUCAGGUGUAACAUCAUCAUAGCAGAUAUGAAAAAUGACAAAAUACAUGUGAUAGAUGAGGACGGCGCAUUUCUUUACUACAUUCAGUACGAAGGAAUGAAGAUGCCGCGAGCUCUCUGUAUCGACGAAAAUGAUCACCUGUACGUUGGAGAGUGGAAUUGUGAUGUUAUUAAAGUUAUAUCGCGUGAUUAACAUCUAUCUACUUUAUCUGACAAAAGGAUGUGGCUAAGGAAUUAUAAAAUGUUUUAUUAUAGCCGUUACUGUUCUUUAGGAUAUAUACUGAAAUACAUAUGUAUAACUAUAUGGAAUGCAAUGUAACAUAUUUUCCAGCAAACCGUA